ACAAAGAGAUGUCUCAGUCUCAGUUAGUCCGCGCUUACUUUAUUCCCUUAUCUGCCAUGUUUGGCACAGAGGUGUAGGUUCACAUCAAGCAGCUGAAGUUGUCGGUUGUCUCAAGAGCAGCACAGCUUUAUUUCCAUAUCCACAAAAACAGCUUUAUCGCGCUAAUGCUGAUGGCGCUAAGAUAUCGGGUAGGACGACUAGCGCACGCCCCUCGAUAUUAGCAGCACCAGUGAUUACUCUCUGUCUUACCACGAUCGACAAAGGCAAAGUGAAUUGGGGAAUUGGGUCGUGUAUGCUGUGUCCCGUGCAACGCGGGUCUUCCGGCCGAUUGCUAUGGAGUCCGAAUGGCUUCGAGACGUGAUUCGAUUCUCCUUGAAGGCCUCGAUUACCACGACCGCCGAUGACGAGCCCAGUCGAGAUCCAAGACUCCGAAAAUUAGUUGAAGGUCUUUUGUACUCGCGGCAAUUUAUCUUGACAUAUCAUCUUGUCAUACUUGGCUGUAUCCUCCUGUUUACACUUGUACAUUGGGCUGGUAACUUCAAACGAUGGCAAAGAAGGCGGUCUUCCAGGUGCCAAGUCUUGAACAUAGAAGGCACUUUCGAUGAUGACGGUGACCCUAUCAGUUCAACGCCCGCUGAAUGGUACGGAAAUCGGCAAGGCCCACAAGUAGUUUAUUCAUCAGGCUCAAGUACAGUCGAAGGAACGGCUUCACCUCCUAGGAAGGACUUUGACGAGGACGAAGAUACACCACUGCUGUACCAAGAUUCCACCCUUCGACCAUCGUACCCUCAAAGAUCCCUCUGGACCAGAACCCGGGCAUUCUUAAUAUAUCAGCCUCCUCCAAUACCGUUGAUCAACAAGACUCUUCCAUCCAAUGGAGCUUCCCUCGUGCUGGGCACCUUUAUCGCUUUAAAUAUCUUUUGCAUGUUUUUCCACAUAAACUUCAAUGCAUUUGAGUUCUUCGUUCUUGCCGAUAGAUUUGGUCUUGUGUUUGUAGCUAAUCUGCCUCUUUUGUAUCUUCUUGCGGCGAAGAACCAGCCUUUAAAACUUCUCACUGGACGUUCCUACGAGUCUUUGAAUAUAUUCCAUCGUCGUCUUGGCGAGCUCUUAUGCCUUCAAGCAUUUCUUCACUGUGCUGGCAUGGUCUUUGUUUGGUACAUACUUUUCCGGCCGAAUGGUUUUGGACUUCUUCGCUUCCUCCUGCUGAAAGUAAUCUUCCUCGGACUGGGAGCUUUCUUCUCGUAUGAAUUGAUAUACUUCACCUCGCUGGGCAGCUUUCGUCAACGCUGGUACGAGUUAUUUUUGGGAUUGCACAUAUUCUUCCAAGUUGCGGCACUGGUCUUUGUGUUUUUCCAUCAUUCUGCAGCGCAGCCUUAUGUAGGAAUUGCUUUGGCCAUAUUCCUAGUCGAUCGAAUAGUAUACCGGCUAUGGAAAAAGAGUACGAGAAUUGAGACACGACUCGAGAUCAUGGAAGACAACGAAACUGUAAAACUGUCGUCUACUAUCAUUCGAAGACCUGUGGGUCAACUAUCAGCGUUUUCUGGAACAUCCAUAAUUGCUGGUUGGACGGCUACAGAUCACGUCUUUGUUACCGUGCCUUCGCUAUCACGCAAGCACGUCCUCCAGGCCCAUCCAUUUACAAUCGCCUCCGCAGCACCUCUGCAAGAUGAUGAUCGAGCUCACAUGGAGCUACUCAUCCGUGCUCAAAAUGGCUUUUCGCGAGACCUCUUGAAUGCAGCCCGUACUCAACAAGAACUCGACAUUCGAGUCGAUGGGCCCUACGGCAGCUCUCACGCCAGAGAUAUGCUCGACGAUUCUGAUUUGGCGCUUGUCGUGGCUGGGGGUUCUGGCAUAGCCGUUGGAUGGCCACUCAUUCAGUACCUUCUUGACUCUACACGUUCCUCGGACACAGAAAUUGCUUCAACGAGCUCUUUGAGAAAGCAAAAAGUUGUUUUGAUUUGGAUUAUUCACCAGGGUUCGCACCUCUCUUGGAUAGGAAGACAAGCUCUUGCGGAUGCUGAGUAUAGAGGUGCUGAGAUUAUUGUACCUCGAGCAACUGAGGAGAUUGGACGACCUGAUCUAGCAGCCAUGAUCAAGGACCUUGUCGAUAUAUAUGCAGGUGGAGGAUCAAACAAAACGAGGGUCGUAGCAAGUGGUCCGGACAGCAUGGGGAGGUUGGUUAGGAAUACGUGUGCAGGUCUUGUGCGAGAUGGAGGGGAAGUCGGUGUCACGAUUGAGAAGUUUGGUUGGUGAUGAGAUGCACGAAUCAUAAAGCCCAGGUGUCUUCGCUUCCCCUAAUCAAAAACACGCUAGUCCUUUACAGCCCCAACCCUCUUUGAUAUAUAAAGGUAAAU